AUGCACCACAGCUGCUUGGAGGAGGGCGUCCCCACCAUGGCGGGCAGCUCCUGGAUCUCAGGCUUGGCCUUCCCUGACUGGGCCUGCAAAGCUGAGUCGUCCCCAGGCUCCCGGCAGAUCCAGCUGUGGCACUUCAUCCUGGAGCUGCUGCAGAAGGAAGAGUUCCGCCAUGUCAUCGCCUGGCAGCAGGGAGAGUACGGGGAGUUUGUCAUCAAGGAUCCAGACGAGGUGGCCCGCCUCUGGGGCCGCAGGAAGUGCAAACCACAGAUGAAUUAUGACAAGCUGAGCCGGGCCCUCAGAUAUUAUUACAACAAGAAGAUCCUGCACAAGACCAAAGGCAAAAGGUUCACUUACAAGUUCAACUUAAGCAAGCUCAUCGUGGUCAACUAUCCUCUAUGGGAGGUACGGGCAAUGCCAGCCCCCAGCUUGUUUCGGCCAACCCUGGUGCCCAUGGGCGUGCAGAGGAAGCUCCUACACAGCACGCUGCUCACGCACUGGGCCCUGGUGGAGCAGCUGGCUGGACAGUGGGCCCUCCGAGGGCCACCAGAGGCCUCUGAGGAUAAGAAGGGGAGCAGCAGCAGUAUCUACCGACUCGGCUCUGCCUCCACCCACUGCCUGCUCAGCCCUUGCUGCCAUUUGGGGACCCUCCCAGAAGAGCGGCCCAGUUUUGCCUCCUUCACACCUCCCCUCCCCCACUCUCCCCCCUCCGACUGGACCCGCCUCUCAGGGCCCUUCUUGCCCCCUCUUCUCCCAGAGCAGCCGUUCCCAGGGUCCUCCACGACAGACACCCUGCUCCCAGGGCUCGUGUGCCCCCCAGCCACCUGGCAUUUCCCGGGGCCUCCCCUGGUGGCUGGGCUGGGCCAGGGGGCUGGUGAGAGGCUGCGGCUCUUGUUCCUUAGGCCAGAGGGGCUGGAGGUAAAGCCCCGGCCCCUGAUGGGGGGAAAAGGGUACCCGGAUCCCUGGGAGGGCUUCUUUGCAGAGAUGCUAAGACCCAAACCUGGGGAGGAAAGUCUUAGGUCCCCGAAUUUGGAGAAUUCUGAAGCGGUGUGGUCCUUGGAUCCUCCUUAA